AUGGCAGAAACCGCUCCAUCAGCUGCCGCAGCCAAGAAGAAAUCAGCAGCUAAACGCUCUACUAAACGCAAGAGAACGGGCCCAAGCAUCGGCAAGCUCAUCGUCAAGGCUGUGUCCACAUCUAAGGAGAAGAGCGGUGUGUCCCUCGCCGCCCUGAAGAAAGCGCUCGCUGCCGGUGGCUACGUUGUGGAGAAGAACAACUCCCGCUUCAAGAUUGCCGUUAAUAGUCUGGUGACUAAAGGCACCCUGGUCCAGACCAAAGGAACCGGUGCCACCAAACUCAACAAGAAACAAGCAGAGACCAUGACCAAACCUGCCAAGAAAGCCGCUCCUAAAGCCAAGAAGCCCGCAGCCAAGAAACCUGCCGCCGCUAAGAAGCCCAAAACCGCAGCAGCGAAGAAGCCUGCCGCUAAAGAAUCUCAGAAGAAGGCCAAGAAACCUGCUGAUAAAAAGGCAACGAAGAGCCCCAAAAAAGCAAAGUAA